AUGAUAAACGAUAAAGAAGUGUACAAUGUUAUGGCAGCUCUUGUGCCCCUAUAUGUGCCAAUGAUAUUGGCCUAUUACUCCGUGCGGUGGUGGAAGAUAUUCACUCCGGAACAGUGCUCCGGCAUAAACCGCUUCGUGGCAAUAUUUGCAAUUCCUUUCCUUACAUUCCAUUUCCUAUCCUCCAACAGCCCUUACACUAUGAACAUUUUGUUCAUAGCCGCAGACACUCUUCAAAAAGUUGUGAUUUUGGGUGCCCUAUUUCUAUGGACUGCCUUCGCAAAGCGUGGUGGCGGUCUCGACUGGACCAUCACACUCUUCUCUCUUUCCACCCUACCAAACACACUCAUCGUCGGUGUCCCGCUUCUGACAGCUAUGUAUGGAGACUCAUCAGCCAGUCUCAUGAGCCAACUUGUGUUCAUGCAAGGUGUCUUGUGGUUUACCCUAAUGUUGUUCUUGUACGAAUAUCAAGGCGCUAUGCACCUCUUUUUGAAUCGGAUACCUGAUAGUGGAGAUUCCAUCAUCACCACAUUCACCGUUGAUCCUGAUGUUAACACUCUCAAUGGCAACGAGCCGCUACUAGUUGACCUAGAAAAGAAAGAAAAUGGAGAACUUCAUGUCAUGGUAAGAAGUUCUUCAUUAAAAAUCUUUAACCGUUCAACCGAGAUGUGUUGUGCCCAUUUACCAAAGCGAAGAGCUUCAAGUUUUAGUACAAUUCUUGAUCUCCAAAGUGAGGGUUUUGAAGAGAUGCCGAAGAUCCAUGAGGAGAAAAUGUGCAAGAGGGACGCUUUUAAGUAUCUUUUGAAUUCAGUGAAACAUGAAUCAAUCAUUGACACGAGUUCGAGUCCCAAAGUAAUAGAGGACAAGGAGGUCAAGAUUGUGCAUGGGAUCCAAUAUCCCUUAAGCAAGGGCCCAAAAGAGGUAAAAAUUGAAGAAAAAGAUGCAUAUAAAAAACAACAAAUGCCACGUGCUAGUGUCAUGGUAAGGCUCACUCUCUCCAUGGUUUGGCGGAAUCUCGUGAGAAACCCUAAUACAUACGCGAGUUUUUUUGGAUUAGUAUGGUCUCUCAUAUCAUUUAGGUGGAACAUCAAAAUGCCAUCCAUUAUAAAUGGUUCCAUUUUAAUACUAUCACAAACUGCAACGGGAAUAGCCAUGUUUAGUAUGGGUCUAUUCAUGGCAUUACAACCCAAGAUCAUAGCUUGUGGAAAAACUUCGGCAGCAAUGUCUAUCGUAGCUCGAUGUUUGGUUGGUCCUGCAGUAAUUGGUGUAACCUCUAUAGUCAUCGGUAUUCGAGGAGUUCUUCUACGUGUUGCAAUUGUUCAGGCUGCUAUACCUCAAUCUAUUGUUGCCUUUGUAUUUGCCAAAGAAUACAAUAUCCACGCAGAUAUACUUAGCACCGCGGUUAUCUUCGGAACGGCGAUUUCAUUGCCCGCAACAAUAAUGUACUUUGUGCUUCUUGGACUCUAA